UCCAAACACUUGAUAUAAUAAUAUAAGAGCCACACUACUGCUAGCCUAAAGUCAAAAUCUAUCAUCACCAAAAAUGAGGUCCUCUAUUAUUUUGUCAUUUCUUUUAGUGCUCACAUACUUCUCCACCUCUACCCAUGCCGCCAGAUUUGACAUCACAAACAGAUGUUCCUACACCGUCUGGGCUGCUGCCGUGCCCGGCGGUGGAAGGCAGCUAAACCCCGGCCAGUCAUGGGCCCUUGACGUGAAUGCGGGCACCAAAGGAGCUCGGAUAUGGGCUCGAACAGGUUGUAAUUUCGAUGGGGCAGGAAAUGGCAGGUGCCAGACUGGCGACUGCGGUGGCAAACUCAAUUGUCAGAGCUAUGGACAGCCUCCCAACACGUUGGCCGAGUACGCGCUCAACCAAUUCAACAACUUAGAUUUCUUUGACAUCUCCCUGGUCGACGGAUUCAAUGUCCCCAUGGACUUCAGCCCCACAUCGCGCCAGUGCAGCCGAGGGAUCAGGUGUACGGCAGACAUAAACGGCCAAUGUCCUGGUCAAUUGAGGGCACCAGGAGGCUGCAACAACCCAUGUACUGUCUUUAAAACCGAUCAGUAUUGUUGUAACUCCGGUAAUUGUGGUGCCACAGAUCUUUCGAGGUUCUUUAAGACACGAUGCCCUGAUGCUUAUAGUUACCCUAAGGAUGAUCAAACCAGUACUUUUACAUGCCCUGGUGGAACUAACUAUAAGGUUGUCUUCUGUGCUUGAAUUAGUGAUGGUAUACGUCGCCACGCAAAGCUUUUGUAAUAAUAUUGUGUUUUAUGUUAUGUAGAAUAAAAGCACAUACAUAUAUUAGUGUGUGUUUACUUCGUUGGCAUACUCAGGUGUGAUGAAAGUUUAUUAUGUACGUGUCGAUCAUUCCUAUAUAAUAAUAUAAACUUAAUUAUGUCUUU